AAUGAACUUCGAUGAUGCUUCUUUAUCUUCACUUCAUACUUAUAGAGUAAAGACUCGAUAACAACUCAAGGGCAUUUAACAUUCAAUCUAAAAGUCCAAAAGAAAAUACUGUCACAUUUCUCCUGAAAGAAAGAAUUAAUUAAUUUCCCUUGUCCUUGAUAAAAAGCUAAGAAUCAAAGAUGUAUAUAUAUAUAUUAUUCCUUCCAUAGGCUGCAAUAAUUUGUAAUUUAAAUUACUCCACUGCAAAAACAAUACUUUACACUUUGAGACAUCGACCACCUAAGAUAGCAGGAUUCAAAUCAUUUUAAGAUAAUAUUAAACCAAAACUAACAUUGAAAACUCUAAUAAAGGGAAAACUCAUACAUGAAUAUGAUUAUUAUUCGUAUUUGAAUUAAAACUGA